CUAGUAAAGAUGAUGAAGAAAUUGAUAUGGAAAUUGAUGAUAAUAUCCCUCAACCUACGGUAUAUUUUUCAAAUCAAUUAACUGAAACUGGACAUGCCUCGAAUCAAGCACCUUCAAAUAAAUUAACCAAAACCGAACAUGCGUUAAAUCAAGCACCUUUAAACAAAUUACCCGAAACUGGACAUGUGUUGAAUCAAGUACCUGUGGAACAGCAAUUUAAACCAUCAGUUAGUUUUGUUGAAAAAGUUAUUAGAUUUUUAAAUUCAUAUAAUUAUGAAUUUGAUAUUUUGAAUAUCAUGAUUGAUUUUUCUAAUAAAUAUCAAGAAAUAUUUCAAAUUGAUAGUGUUUAUCUUAAACCCUAUCAUAAUAAUUCUUGUGUAUUGCUACAUCAAUUGAGUAUAAUUUUGUUUAAUAGGAUUAAUUCAGCAAAAGUUUAUGGACCGGAUUUUUUUAAAUUAGAGAAGUUGGCUGCAGUAUUUUAUGAGAAGUUAUUAAAUGCAGAAAUAAAUCACCAAAAAUCAGUUAAGACAUACUUGAAUCCCUAUUGUAGAAAUGAAUUCCAUCCUCAAGAUAGCCAAGUAUGGCGCAAGUAUAACCUCCGUCAUGAUUCUAAUUACGUUAAUAUUAAUAAUAAGAGAAAAUUCAAUUAUUUACCCGAAUUUUCAAGCGGACUACCUCAAAGAAAAAUACAGAGAAGUGAUAGAAUGAUGAAAAUAGAGGAAAUGGGAACUAAUAUAGCUCCCAAUCAUCUGAACGAGGUUGUAUUUAAUCAGGGGAUCCAACAGUCUUCAACAACUUCACCAUCAAAUCCGAAUCUACCAAAUAAUAAUGGGAUAACAGAUAAUAUAAUGGAAAGAAAAUGUAAUAAAAUCAUGGCGAAUGCUAUACAGGAAUUAGCCAUCGCAAGUCUUGCUAUGAAAUAUAAUCCUGAGGUAACUCCUGGUAAAUUGGAUAACAUUGUAAGAAAGUUGAGUAUAAGAAGGGUGGCUAAAGAAUAUGGCUCAAUAGUAGAUUAUAUUAAAAAUUUGAUUGGAAUCUUUGAUAGUGGUGGUAUGGACGCGGUUACGAAGCAUCUUGAAGAAAGAUUUUUUUUUCGCUUAAAAUUUCAAUCAAAGAGACAAAUUAAGGAGUCAUUACAAAACAAGCAAUAGAUAAGGGUUGAAUUUCAAUAAUUGGGAUUUAACUCCUUAUAAUGUGAACUUUUAUUUAGAAAAGAAGGAAUGGGAUCAUUAAAUAAGUAAUUUUUUACCAAUAAUUCCAUGAAUUUUUAGCUUUACAGAUAUGACAAAACGGAAUGCAUGUAUGUUAUUUCUUAGGUUUUAUUAAAACAAAUAAAAGCAUGAUAAAAUAAAGAGCCAAA